AUGGCCGAGGCUCCGCCUGCAUCAUCGCAGGACAGUAUCUUCGAAAAGCAUCAGAUUCCUGUAGAGAAGGAGAACGCCUCAUCGCCGCUGGGCCCGCCGACUACCAGGGCCAGUAGCCUCUUGAGCAGCCAGAAGGUCAGAAAACCGCCGACCGUUACCCCGAAACGCUUCAACAAGUUCUUCACGCCCAGAAGCACCCUCUCCUGUCGAGGUGGCCGCACGAGCAAGGCCGGUCGACAGCUCCAGGACAUCACCAGGAAUGGCGCCAAUCGCCGUGCCAAAGGCUUGAUCACUCGCGAUGAGUUCCAUGCCGACCUUCACGACAAUAUCCAUUCGUCGAGGCCGCUCAAGCGACGGAAGUUCUCCACUGAUCUCCCGAGUUCGCCACCGCAGUCCUCACCACUGAAGCAUAUUCAGACCGUCCCUCUCGACGAGGCUCCGCUGUCACCAACUCUAUCUGAAGCUGAAACGCUGCCGGAUCUUUUAAACGAGUGGAAACCAUUUCCCAAACCCAUUCGUCGCCUUCCGGAAGCAGGAGGAUCCAGACGGAUCCUGGAGCGGAGCUUUGGAGGAUACAAUGCAAUCUCACGGGGCAUCAGACGAGCAGACCAUGGUGCAGACCCACGUGUUGAGACUGCCAACUUCGUGACGACUCCGACUGAUUUGCACACCUUCCGAGGCGCAGCGUUGCCAUUUUGCACCGCUGCCUGCAACACCAACUCGCUGGUUGCUGUCGGAGACGAAGAGGGCAGUGUUCGUCUGAUCGACUCAUCCCCCUCUGCCCAGUUCAACGCCUCGCAUGUCAAGUUUCGUGUACAUCACAACGCGGUCAUGGACGUCACCUUCUGCUCUGACGAUUACGUUCUCGCUACCGCCAGUGGCGAUCAAACCGCUCGAGUCGUCGACAUGCAGUCUCAACAGACUGUAUGCAUUCUGUCUGGUCACAAAAGCAGUGUCAAGCAAGUUCGAUUUCAGCCCCACGACGACAACAUGAUCACCACCAGUGCCCGCGACGGGACUGUGCAGGUUUGGGACCUGCGCUGCGGCGGCAAGUCAGCUGUGCAGAAUUUCCGCACUUCCAUCGGCCAGCAAGUGGAUGCAGACGGCAAGGUGCAGCCUGAGACGCGCUAUAGCCAAGAGCUUCAUGUUGGCUACGGUCAUCGCUCAUCCAGUCGACCCUUUGAAGCCGACCAAAAGAACGAGCUAUCCAUCACAUCGUUCCAACACCUGCCCCACGGCCGUGAGCAUCUCAUCCUCACGGCUAGCGAAGUGGACGCCUCUGUCAAAGUCUGGGAUUUACGGAACGCUGGUAGGAGGAGUCCUGUGCCACUCUCAAGCACGCUUCUACCCGAAUCCCAUUCUGCAAAACGUCAUUACGGCAUCAACACAAUGGUCCUUUCAGGCGAUGGUGCACGUCUCUACACGGCCUGCAGAGACGCCACAGUAUAUGUGUACUCUACGAGCCAGCUUGUCCUCGGCCAUGCGCCUGAGAUGUGCUCGGGCCCAAGCAGACGGCGCAUGCUCAAGGAACCCAAGACUGGCCUUGGCCCCUUGUAUGGCUUCAAGCAUCCCAAGCUUCGCCUUGGCAGUUUCUACAUCAAAGCAUCACUUCGGCCAGCCAAGGACGACCGUGGCGAAAUUCUGGCGGUAGGAAGCACAGAUCGAAAUCCGAUGCUGUUUCCAACUGAUGAGCGGCAUCUACCACGUGGUGGACGGCCGCCCAUCCCUGAUAUUGUCGACGAAGACGACGAAGACGAGCUGCCAUCUCUACCACAGCCACCUGUACAGCGCUCGCCUCUUCCGUCUACCCACGUCUUCAACCACGGCACCCCACUUGUGCGAGCACAUAGCAAGGAGGUCACCUCGCUUACAUGGACCACAGAUGGCAAUUUGAUCUCUGUGAGCGACGACUUCUCGGCCCGCUGUUGGCGUGAAGAUGCACCGAAAGCUCGCGAGUUGCGAAAGAUGGGAGAAGUUGGUGGAGGUCGCUGGCGGUCAGGAUGGGCGCCAGUCGAGGCAGACUGGGAUGAGGAGGAUUAA